AACGGGGGAAGCAACCUUCGGCGGCUGCGUUGAUUCUGGCCGGGGAAGGAGGAGGAAGGUGAAGCAGACCGUGGUCCCCGCCUGCCCGUCCCCAGCCUUGAGAAGAUGAGACAGGAGUCUGUGCCAUCCAAAUUGUCUGAUCCAGUGAAACUGCAAGGAAGAAAGGUCUCUGAGGCCUCUGUCUGUUGACUGUAUGACAAACCCUAAAGGAAAUGCCAGUUGUGAUGGCCCGGGACCUGGAGGAAACAGCAUCAUCCUCAGAGGAUGAGGACCUGGUGAACCAAGAGGAUCACCCAUGUAUCAUGUGGACUGGAGGCUGCAGGAGGAUUCCAGUUUUGGUUUUUCAUGCUGAGGCUAUUUUGACAAAGGACAACAAUAUUCGAGUAAUUGGAGAGCGUUAUCAUUUGUCUUAUAAGAUUGUGAGAACGGACAGUCGCCUGGUGCGAAGCAUUCUGACAGCCCAUGGAUUUCAUGAAGUUCACCCGAGCAGCACUGACUAUAACCUGAUGUGGACAGGAUCCCACCUGAAGCCCUUCUUACUUCGAACCCUUUCUGAAGCACAGAAAGUUAAUCACUUCCCCAGGUCAUAUGAACUAACCCGGAAGGACCGCCUGUACAAAAACAUCAUUCGAAUGCAACACACGCAUGGAUUCAAGGCUUUCCACAUCCUCCCUCAGACCUUCCUCCUGCCAGCUGAGUACGCGGAGUUCUGUAAUUCAUAUUCAAAGGACCGGGGACCUUGGAUAGUAAAACCAGUGGCCUCUUCUAGGGGGCGGGGCGUCUACUUGAUCAACAAUCCAAACCAGAUCUCCCUGGAAGAGAACAUCUUGGUCUCGCGUUACAUUAACAAUCCCCUGCUCAUAGAUGAUUUCAAGUUUGACGUGCGCCUCUAUGUGCUCGUGACUUCCUAUGAUCCCCUUGUCAUCUAUCUCUAUGAGGAAGGAUUGGCUAGGUUUGCAACUGUGCGAUAUGAUCAAGGAUCCAAGAACAUUCGGAACCAGUUCAUGCACCUAACAAACUACAGCGUGAACAAGAAGAGUGGAGACUAUGUGAGUUGUGAUGAUCCAGAAGUGGAGGAUUAUGGGAACAAGUGGAGCAUGAGUGCCAUGCUUAGGUACCUGAAACAAGAAGGCAAGGAUACAACUGCACUGAUGGCCCACGUGGAGGACUUGAUCAUUAAGACGAUAAUCUCGGCUGAAUUAGCUAUCGCCACUGCCUGUAAAACCUUCGUGCCGCACCGCAGCAGUUGUUUCGAACUGUAUGGCUUUGAUGUGCUCAUAGAUAAUACUCUGAAGCCAUGGUUGUUGGAAGUGAAUCUCUCCCCUUCUUUGGCCUGUGAUGCACCUCUGGACCUCAAGAUUAAAGCCAGUAUGAUCUCAGAUAUGUUCACUGUUGUAGGGUUUGUGUGCCAAGAUCCCGCACAGCGGGCAUCCAACAGGUCAAUUUACCCCACCUUUGAGUCUUCCCGACGGAACCCUUUUCAGAAAUCCCAGCGCGCCCGUCCACUCUCUGCCAGUGAUGCAGAAAUGAAAAACCUUGUGGCCUCAGCCCGGGAGAAGGUCCCGGGGAAGUUAGGCGGCUCUGUACUUGGUCUGUCAAUGGAAGAGAUCAAAGUUUUGCGAAGGGUAAAGGAAGAGAAUGACCGGAGAGGAGGAUUUAUCCGCAUAUUUCCUACAUCCGAGACAUGGGAAAUAUAUGGGUCCUACCUUGAACACAAAACCUCCAUGAACUACAUGCUGGCCACGCGCCUAUUCCAGGACAGGGGAAACCCGAGAAGAAGCUUGCUGACAGGAAGAACACGAGUGAAUACUGACGGAGCACCAGAACUGAAGGUGGAGAGCAUGAACUCCAAGGCCAAGCUGCAUGCUGCUCUCUAUGAGAGGAAGCUACUGUCUCUGGAGGUGCGAAAACGUAGACGGCGGAGUGGCAGAUUGAGGGCAAUGAGGCCAAAAUACCCAGUGAUUACCCAACCAGCUGAAAUGAAUAUUAAAACUGAGACAGAAAGCGAAGAGGAGGAAGAAGUUGGAUUAGACAAUGAAGAUGAAGAGCAGGAAGCCUCCCAGGAGGAGUCUGCAGGGUCUCUUGGAGAAAACCAAGCCAAGUACACGCCUUCAUUGACUGUUAUAGUAGAAAAUUCACCCAGAGAAAAUUCCAUGAAAGUUGCCGAGUGGACUAAUAAAGGUGAUCAGUCCUGCAAAAUUGAGACUCAAGAGCCAGAGUCUAAAUUUAAUCUGAUGCAGAUUCUCCAGGAUAAUGGAAAUCUAAGCAAAGUGCAGGCCCGGUUAGCAUUCUCUGCCUAUCUUCAGCAUGUGCAAGUCCGUCUGACGAAGGACAGUGGUGGUCAGACCCUCAGUCCGAGUUGGGCUGCCAAAGAGGAUGAACAGAUGGAGCUAGUGGUUCGAUUCCUUAAGAGAGCAUCAAGUAAUCUCCAGCAUUCACUGAGGAUGGUGUUACCUAGUCGGCGAUUGGCACUUCUGGAGCGCAGAAGAAUCCUUGCCCACCAGCUAAGUGACUUUAUCGUCGUGUACAACAAGGAAACAGAACAAAUGGCUGAGAAGAAAUCAAAGAAGAAACUAGAAGAGGAGGAGGAAGAUGGGGUGAACGCAGAAAGCUUUCAGGAGUUCAUCCGACAAGCAAGUGAGGCUGAACUGGAGGAGGUGCUGACUUUUUAUACCCAGAAAAACAAGUCUGCCAGUGUCUUCCUGGGGACUCACUCGAAAAGUUCUAAGAGCAGCAGUAGUUAUUCUGAUAGUGGGGCAAAAGGUGAUCACCCUGAGACAAUUCAGGAAGUGAAAAUAAAGCAGCCCAAGCAGCAGCAGGCAACAGAAAUCCACGCUGAUAAAUUAUCUCGAUUUACCACUUCAGCAGGAAAAGAGGCUAAACUAGUCUAUACCAGUUGCUCUUCUUUCUCUGGUCCUGCUGCUGUUCUUCUGCAGAAACUUCCCAGCACCCAUCUGUCAUCUGUUAUUACAACCUCUGCCCUCUCGUCAGGUCCUGGCCACCAUUCUUCUUUAUCUCAAAUUUCUCCAGCUAUCCCCAGCAUGCCUCACCAGUCAGCACUUUUACUGAACCCCGUCCCCGACAGUGCUCCUCCCUCCAUACACCCCGGGACCCCGAACGUAAGCCCCGCUGGCCUGCCACGCUGCCGAUCAGGCAGUUACACCAUGGGCCCCUUUUCCUCUUUCCAAAGUGCCGCACACAUCUAUAGCCAGAAACUGUCUCGUCCCUCUUCAGCAAAGGCAGCAGGUUCAUGUCAUCCACACAAGCAUCAUUCAGGAAUAACCAAAACGCAAAAGGAGGGUGAAGAAGGGUCCUUCAACCGAAGGUACAACCCAAGUCUGGUUACGGCCGAGCUCCAGCGGCUGGCGGAGAAGCAGGCAGCCAGGCAGUAUUCUCCAGCCAGUCACAUCAAUCUCCUCACCCAGCAGGUGGCAAACCUGAAUUUGGCCAGUGGUGUCAUAAACAGAAGCAGUGCUUCAACCCCACCUACCCUCCGACCUGUCAUCAGUCCUAGUGGCCCGACGUGGUCUAUACAGUCAGACCUCCACACUCCUGAGAACCACUCCAGCCCUCCUGGAAGCAGGAGCCUCCAGACCGGUGGCUUUGCCUGGGAGGGCGAGGUAGAGAACAAUGCCUACAGCAAGGCCACAGGAGUGGUCCCCCAGCACAAGUACCACCCCACGGCAGGCAGCUACCAACUCCACUUCGCUCUCCAGCAACUUGAACAACAAAAACUUCAGUCCCGGCAGCUUCUGGACCAGAGUCGAGCCCGGCACCAGGCAAUCUUUGGCAGCCAGACACUACCUAACUCCAGUUUAUGGACAAUAAAUAAUGGUGCGGGCUGCAGAAUUUCCAGUGCCACAGCUGGUGGCCAGAAGCCAAACACCCUGCCACAAAAAGUGGUGCCACCUCCAAGUUCCUCCACCUUGGUCUCCAAGCCCCAAUCCAAUCACAAACAAGGGCUCAGAAAGGCAGCAUCCCAGAGGGCUUCCAAAGGGUUCUCCGCAGAAGGGCAGCUGAACGGACUUCAGAACAGCCUUAGCCCUGCAGCCUUUAUGCCCAUCGCCAGCUCCACAGGAUCUUUGGAAGCUCCCCAAGUUAUUUUCGCCAGAUCCAAACCCUUACCCACACAGUCUGGAGCCUUUGCUACAGUUAUAGGACAGAGAAAAUCAAAGUCGGUGAAGUCAGGGGCAAUUUAAGGAAAACAAGCUCGAUCCCAUCCUGCACCACCUGUGGUAGCCUGUGCAAUUAAGGAGUUGCCAGACUUGGUCUUGUGAAGCUGUGGCCUCACCUCACUAAUGCUCCUUGGGGUUGUGUUCCAGCUGUAGCCUUCAGAACUCACCAGAAAAUUCUCUGAAACCCCAAGACUGUAAUUAUUCCUUUCUUCUUUGCUCAGUCCCACAUACUCAGCAUUAAUGGCACACCUCCUAUGAGCUUAAUAUUCUCCUUUCCUCUGGGGGAAUAUUUAUAAACUUCUUUGAGAAGCAUUAUUCAUUAAAAUGCCCCAGCAGAGCAAAGGAGAAGGGAAAGACAUUUACCCACCACGGGCUUCAUUUACAUUGGAUCAGAAAGCUUCAGAUAUCUUUCCCAACCCAUUUAAACUCUCUCCAGAACGGAAUGAGGAUAGAGACAGGAACACCAAAUCCAAGACUUGGUCAUCUACCAAAACGUACCGGAGAAACCAAAAACACCCGGAAUUGUGGUGCUGCUCGGCCAAUCGCACUUGAACCCUGACACAAAGCAGCCAGUUCCGUGAUGAACAGCUUGUAAAGUAUAGAAAACUUCAAGGAGGAGAUCAAGAUGUCCUUCGGUAGACUGGCAUCCAGGAGGGUGAAUGUGACAGCCAGCUCCAAACCAAACUGACGGCCUGCCAAGGAGCACUGGCAUCUCUGUUUCCAGGUCUGUGAGGCUUGGACCUGCCAUGGCGUGUCGCUUUCCUCGAGCCUGUCUCCUGGUGUCCCCUGGUCCUCUCUGAUCAGUGCUUGCCCGUGUAGGCUUAUCAGCAGUGCGGCCUUGAGAAGGUUCAUCUCCUCACCUGGAAUUCUGUACAAACACGGUCCUGCUAAACUUGAGUUCACCGUCUUCUGGAGACAGUAUGCCAAGGGUGCAUGGACGUGGGCCCAGAGUCAGUCACGGUCUCAGAAACCAGCCUUCUGUGAGCAGUAUGGCUCCAGCGAAGCAUCACCAAGCAGACCCACCAGCCUGUGUCUGCCGAAAUUCUUAAUCCGGUUCAUCCCGCCCAUCUGCAGUGGGUUCCUUCCUUGAACAGAGAAGUAGUUUACAUGGCGAGGGGGCAGAAGAGUCUCAGAGGCCACAGCCCAUUCCAGCAGCGAUCCGUGAGAUGGUGGCCAGCGAGGAGGUCUCUGCACCCACAGUUCCUGCUGAGCGGCCUCGGCGCCUGUGACAGUCCCAGAAGCCUUCCUUCUGUGGGUUGCAGAGGCAGACGCGCUGGACUGAGAGACGUAUGUUUGCAAAACAUGUUGUACAAUGCUGAGGAAGUUCCUGGGGUCCUCUUCAAGGUAACUGUGCUGAGGGCAUCAGAGAGGAAAGCACAUCUAAGACCCCUCUGUCCCACCCUAGGCAAGUGUUACAUGCUUAGCUCCUGUCUGUUUUACCAGUCUACUAUAAAUAUAUACAUUGUGUUAACUGUA